AUGGGUGAAAUGUUAAGCAUGAGGGUGUUGGUUUUAAUCAGUGUGGUAGUAAAAAUAAGAGCAGGGAUGUUUGACAUUGACACAAGGGAGAACAUGUGGGUUACUUGGGCCAAACAAACUAAACAGGAUUCCUUUUGUUUAUCUCUAGCGACGCCAUCCAAUCCUUUUAGAACCUGCUUGAUUGGAGUUCCACUGACCUCCAUGGCAGAGUUCAAGUCUUUAACUCCUGUCAGGAUUGACCCAAAAGGUGAUUUAGGGCCACAAGCUGCUGCCAUAGCGCGAAACCUUCGAGCGGCUGGUCCAGAACCUCAGGAGCUUGAUCUUUUAGGUUCUGUGCCAGGAAACUAUUGUCUUGUUUUUGGGCGCUUUGCAGUGAAUUCUAGUCUAUUAAUCAUAGAUGAGCAGCAAUUGAAAGGCCACGCUACGUGGCUGUCCCCUCAUUCACUUUUGUAUUACAAUUACUCUGAGUAUUGUAAUAGUUGGGUCAGAUCUGUCACGCAAUUGACAACAGCUGCUAAGAGAUUGCCACCAGGAAUCUUUUUAGUUUGCGGAGAUAGAGCGUGGUCCACAGUACCUCAAAACAGUGUCGGAGGACCGUGUUAUUUUGGCAAACUAACUCUGUUCGCACCUAGCAUUCACCAGGUUCUAGGCUUGCCAAGGAAGGCUCAACGAGUCAAGCGCAGUAUGUCUCAGCUAGGUCCCAACUGCAAAGAUCACGUUACCCUAUGGCAGCCUCCAGCCGUGAUCUCAGCAUCCAUUUUUGCCCCAGGAGUUGCUUCAGCACAAGCCCUCACACAACUGAAACAUUUAGCCUGCUGGACAGGAAAACAGAUUAACAUAACGACGAAGUUGUUGAGUGAGCUUGCUGAAGAUGUUAGUGGCAUUCGCCAUUCAGUGCUCCAGAACCGAGCCGCGAUUGACUUCCUUCUUUUGGCUCAGGGGCAUGGAUGCGAAGAGUUUGAAGGCAUGUGCUGCAUGAAUUUAUCAGACCACUCACGGUCGAUACAUCAACAGUUAGCGCAGUUGAGGGACAACAUGAAACACCUUGUAGUUGAGAACACUCCGGUUACCCGAUUUAUAUCAGAGUCUUUGAUAUUUUCGCCUCUUUUCGAGACAAUGGACGCUACAAGCUGCAUGGCAGCCAAAAGGUACUGGUCCAUAAUUGAAUCCCUCCGCGUCUGCCGCUCUUACCUUCUCUCUGCUGACAGUAGGUGGUACUGUCGCCUUUCUGACCAAUCCAAUCGACAGACGCUCCCCAGCCUGCCUCGGAAAUUCCGGACUGUAGGUCGCAAGCGACACACACACGUCCCAAAUCAAGCGAGGUCUUCCAGCAUUUAA